AUGCUACAGCUUCAUGUUGUUACUUUGACAAGAACAACGUACCAUAGUCAAGAACAGGCCAGUGCUUCGGACAGGGCUCAUGUUCUUCUGAGGGCACAGAUUAUGUCUUCCGCACUUGAAGCAGAGGAUGACGAAGUGGAUGAAGUGGAGUUCAUAUCUGAGGGAUCUCUAAGACAAGUUCAAGAAUGUAUUGACCUUCUUAGUGACACUGACAGUGACGAUAGAGGUUCACCGAUGUUGAUUGAAGAUGAACUCAGCCGUCACAAAGAGCAUGUUGCGUCCACGUUGGACAAACUUGCACAACAGGUUGCAUUAGAAAAACAAGAGAGGGCAAAUAAAUGUCAAGCUUUUAAGGAAAAACAAAUUUUACAGAAAGCUCACGGACAGCGGGAGCUAGCCUUUAGCUCUGCAAAUGGAAUGGGUCAAGAGGCCAAGCAUUGUGUUGACAUGUGGCUGAAAAUGCCAGGUGCAAAUUCUGCUGCGAUUGGUGCUAACUUUAGAAGAAGACAAAAGUCUGUCCCUUUUCCACGAUUAAAUCCAACAAAACAGACUUGUCCUGUGAUAAACUGUGAGAGAAUCUACGAGAAUGCCUCUCUCCUCGAGGGUCAUUUAAAGAGGUUUGACCAUUCACCUUGUGACCCAACUAUACACUUAAAAGGGGAUUCUUCAGAUAUAUUUGCCUGUGUUUCGUGUUGUCAGCAUUUUCAGUCUAAUGAAGAGUGGAGGAGACACAUGGAGUCUAAGAUUUCCUCAAAAACUCCUGAUGGUCAUGUCUUCAGCCAGACAUACCAACGCAUUGUGUGUUUUGCUUGUCCUGCCUGUUAUCUUCUCUUCCACGUACGCGACGAGUGUCUCCAGCACAUGACUGUCAAAAAUCAUUUUACAGAAUCAUUUGCCAUGACAGAACCAAGAGAGAAAGCUACGCCUGUACCUGUCCCUCAGUAUGCCAGGAAUCGUCUGAUUGCAUUGUGCAAGGACACAACUUUCAAUGUGCGAUGUUCUUUGUGUCACAAAGUGCUCGUCUCGCACCAAGUUGCUCAAGCUCAUUUCAAUGUGCAGUGCAGACAGGGCUGUGCUGUGGCCAAGUCUGAGAAAACUAUAGUAGAAAUAGUCAAACAGCUGCAAGUGAAGGGUCAGUGCUCUGUGUGCAGUAAGAUCUUCUUCAACCGUGAUGAAAUAAAGAAACACCGUGAACAGACACAGCACAAUGUGGAGCUCAUCAAGACAAUGGAAAGAGCACUUCUAGAGUUCAGCAGGUUUCAUGAACUCCAACAGAAACAGAAGAUGACAGAGAAGCUUCAAAAAAGGAAGUCUGAGCAACCUGCUCAUUUUCAGAAGAAACAACGAGCUAUUGACUUUGACGAGUUCCCUUCUAAAAGGCAGCGCCUUGUGGAGAACAAGUGCUCCAGCAGACUCUCCACUAUGGCCUGGUUCUGCGAGUGUGGCCUGCAGUUCUAUGAAGAGGCCAAUGCCUCCAAGCAUCUUAUGGCUGUGAACCGGAUAUUCCAUCAGUGUGGAGUUUGUGGGAAACAAAUGGGCGAAUCCUCCAUCGCCCGCCUGCACAUGAGUCGAUUUCAUGGAGGUGCACAUCUCUCCAACAUUAUUUACUUUUGUCGUAAGUGCAAUGUGGAAAUGCCUCGACAGGAAGAUAUCCUCUCACAUGUGUCGGACACCCAUAUUGGGCACACUUAUUACACAGAGAGAGAAGUUCCCCAAGAGGUUCCCACAUCUGAUGAUGCCAAACCUUCCACCAGUGGCUUUAAACCUGCCAUCCAACUGAACACAGACCUGCCCAUAGCCACCACACACCCAAAAAGCUGGAUGUGCAGAAUGUGUGAGGACGUCUUUGAUUCAGAAACAGAAGUUCAGAAACACUGUAGUGACCUGAAUGCUCAUAGCUUUCAGAGGUUCAUCUGUGGCCACUGUCCUCAGAGGUUUUUCAAAGAGUCCACAGUGCACAGACACUGUGUGAAUGAGCACAAUGGAGAGGUUCAGAGCUCUCACUUCUGUGGCCUGUGUGACAGCAUGCAGUUUGAGUCUGAAGAAGAGUUCCUGGAGCACUACAAACGACUCCAUAGCCAAGAUUACUACUGUAUCGAAGAUAAUGUGAUUCAGCCUAGUGUUCCUGGAAAUGCAGAGCUUGCUCAGAAAUAUUUCUGGACAUACCAACCCUGCACAAGCUCCAGGAUCUGCUCUGACAUGGUGAAGACUGAACCCAAAGCGGUCAAAAUAUUGGAUGCAGUGGAGAUCAAAACCAAAAACAGUGAUGUGGCACCAGAAUCUGAUGAAGAGCUCAACCGAACGUUAACAUUAAGUGCUGAUGAGGCCAGAGAAGAAGAGGCCAGGGAGUCCGCUGAGUUUCAAGAGGCUAUUAAAAGAAGUAUGCUUGACUUCUGA